CUCCAAGUAUGGACCUCUUUGGGUAUAAAGGCCAAAGGUUGGAAGUGUUGUCUUACCGUACGAACAACAAGGACCCUCAGAUUCACCCAAAGCCAUUGUUCACAGCCCUAGGUUUACAAGAUGCCAUCCACAACUACCAUUCUUUCCACAGCUCUGGCUCUUGGCCUAGCCACAGCCCAGGCCGAUGUCAACCCCAACGCCCAGGGCCCCUGCAACCCGACCAAGGGCGAGGGCGGCUUCUGCGGCCCCAAUGGCUCUGAGGAGUGGCUCAACUCGGGGCUCGGUGACGACGGCUGGAACCCGCCCUACCUCGACAUCAACGAGCUGUCUCACAUUUCGCUCGAGGAGUACUACGGGGGCGUAGGCAGCAACUGUGCCCAAUACGACGAAUUCUUCAAGUCAUCAGGUCAGAAGUACAACAUUGAUCCUGCUAUCCUGGCUUUCAUUGCUAUGCAGGAGUCGAGCUGCAACGCGGAUGCUGGAGGCCCGACGCCCGGCCUGAUGCAGUGUGCUCCAGGCAACUGCUACGAAGGACAGGGAGGAAGCUGCCAGUACCCAAUUCAAGACAAUGUCGACUGUGGUGCUUGGGUGCUUCGAGACUAUCUCGACUCCUCCGAUGGCAAUGCCGUUCGGGCUUUGGGCCGUUACAACGGAUGGUUCACAGCGGCCGAUAACACUGGAUUGAAUGGUGGAAAAGGCUUGACGGAGGGCUACCCUUGCUCAGGAGAAGGACAGAGCAAUGGCGUGCCGCAGAACCUCGACUACCUCCACGAGGUGCUCAACGGAUGGUUCAUGGGAUACGACAUGUACGGCAGUGACUCUAACCUUGGUGGAUAUUACAACUGCCAGGGCAACUGCUACUCUGGUCCGAUCUGCUAG